GCUCGUCCGAUCGACGGCUGCAGGCGACAUCGUCCAAGUUCGGGAGCUACUCAAGGAAGGCGCUCCCCUGGACUUUUCGCCGGAGGAGGGGGGCCAGGACACCUCCGUUUCCUUGGACCAUUGGGACACCGAGGAUGCCUCGGAUUGCAAGGAGGAGCUCGACACGAAGACAAAAAAGCAGGAGGACUCGAAGGAUGAGAAAGACCAGAAUCUCGAAGAGGGAGACGACGGAUCAGGCGCCUCCGAGGAAGGCGACUCUGAGUUGCAGAGUCCGCCGGACAGCGACGAGGAAAUGCUGCAGGCUUUUGAAGGCCUCUUCAUUUUUCCUUGGUCGGCUGGGUGGGCCGCGGCCCAUGGGGGCUGGGCUCAUUGGGCUCUCUUCAUGUUCCUCCUGCUUGCGGGCCACGCGGGGUGCUGGGUCGGAUGGCUGGGCCGCGGCGACGGGGUGCGCUGGGCUCCCAUCAGGCUCCCUUCAUCACUUCAUGUUUCCUGUCUGGGUUGCUGGGGUGACGGGGAUGGGUGGGCCGCGGCGACGGGGUGCGCUGGGCUCCCAUUAGGCUCCCUUCACAUGUUUCCUGUUUGGGUUGCUGGGGUGACUUGGCUGGGCUCCCAUUGUUGGGCUCCCCUCAUGUUUCCUUUCUGGACUCCCUGGGUCGGAUGGGUGGGCCGCGGUGACGGCGUGGGCUCCCAUUGGGAAUGGGUUUUUGUCAUGUUUCCUGGGCUCCGUUCAUGUGUCCUUUCUGGGCUCCUGUUUUGGAUGGGCGGGCCUUUUGCUGUUUUCUGCUAUGGUUUUCUUGCUGUUGCCGCGUUCCUGUGA